AAAAAAGGUAUCAUGGGAGAUACAGCUGUUCCAGCUGAUCUGUUUCUCAGACAUUUGAUAUAUAAUUUCAGGAAAAUUACAUUAUUAUGACUUUAGCGCUUCUUUUUUAAAAUUUUUAUAAAAAUUCUAAGUUGGACUUUGCGUUCUUAUUCCAAGUCUGUUUUGAUCAAAAUACAAGGGACACUGGAGACACAACAGAAUUUAGUUAAUGGGGUGACUUCACUUGGAAAAGCAUGUCAGGGCGCAGCGUUCGGCUGAAGUCAGUUCCCGUUCAAAGCCUUUCAGAGCUGGAGCGUGCUCGACUACAGGAAGUGGCUUUUUAUCAGUUGCAGCAGGACUGUGACCUAGGUUGUCAGAUUACUAUUCCCAAAGAUGGACAAAAGAGGAAGAAAUCAUUAAGAAAGAAACUGGACUCAUUAGGGAAGGACAGAAUCAGAGACAGAGAAUUUGUUCCUCAGGCUUUUGGAAUGCCCUUGUCCCAGGUGAUUGCUAAUGACCGGGCCUAUAAACUCAAGCAGGAUUCUCAGAGAGAAGAGCAAAAGGAUGUGUCAGACUUUGUGGCCUCUCUUUUACCAUUCGGAACUAAACGGCAGAACAAAGAACUUUCAAGCAGUAACUCAUCUCUUAGCUCAACCUCAGAAACACCAAAUGAAUCUACAUCCCCCAACACUCCAGAGCCAGCACCACAUGCAAAGAGGAGGGGCGCAAUGUCUGUGGACUCUAUUACAGAUCUUGAUGACAGUCAAUCCAGACUGCUAGAAGCUCUACAGCUUUCUUUACCAGCAGAGGCUCAGAGCAAGAAAGAAAAGGCCCGGGAUAAGAAACUAAGUCUAAAUCCCAUUUAUAGACAGGUUCCUCGUCUUGUCGACAGCUGUUGCCAGCAUUUGGAAAAACAUGGUCUCCAGACAGUGGGAAUAUUCAGAGUGGGAAGUUCAAAAAAGAGAGUAAGACAGUUACGUGAGGAAUUUGACCGUGGCGUAGAUGUUGUACUUGAUGAAGAGCACAGCAUCCAUGAUGUUGCUGCUUUGUUAAAGGAAUUUCUACGAGACAUGCCAGAUCCACUUCUCACCAGAGAACUUUACACACCUUUCAUCAACACUCUUUUAUUAGAGCCAGAUGAACAACUAAGCACCUUACAGCUUCUCAUUUAUCUUCUACCUCCCUGUAACUGCGACACCCUACACAGACUCUUACAGUUCCUCUCUACUGUGGCUAGCCAUGCAGAAGACAGCACAGACAAAGAUGGCCAGGAGGUUACUGGGAAUAAAAUGACAUCACUUAACCUAGCCACCAUAUUUGGUCCCAACCUGUUACACAAACAGAAGUCUACAGACAAAGAAUUCUCAGUUCAGAGUUCAGCUCGAGCAGAAGAGAGUACUGCCAUCAUAGCUGUAGUACAAAAAAUGAUUGAAAAUUAUGAGAUUCUCUUCAUGGUUCCUCCUGACCUUCAGAAUGAAGUACUAAUUAGUCUGUUAGAGACUGACCCAGAUGUUGUGGACUAUUUGUUAAGAAGGAAAGCUUCCCAGUCAUCAAGCCCAGAAAUGCUGCGAUCAGAAGGUCCAUUCUCCAUAGGAGGGAGGCAUUCUUCCACAGACUCUAACAAAGCCUCAAGCGGAGAUGUUUCUCCAUAUGACAACAACUCACCGGUACUGUCUGAACGGUCUUUGUUGGCAAUGCAAGAAGACAUUACCCUUAGUUCAGAUAAGCUCCAUAAGGUAUCUGAACAGUACACAUUGGUUGGUCAUUUGCAGUCUAAAUUGAGAGAGAAUUCUUCAGGAUCACAAGCUGGAAAAGAUCUUCCAGAGGAUCAUUUUAAUAUCUGGGGCACCUGGCAUUCAACCCUGAAAAGCAGUUCCAAAGAUCCAGGAAUGACAGGUUCAUAUGGAAACAUUUGUGAAAGCAGCUCAUUACGACCAGGACAGUGCUCUCUUUCUCAAGGGAACCUAUCAGCAAAUUCUCCUCAGUGGCAGAGUAACUUCACUGAAUUGGACAAUGGAAAGCAAACAAUACGAAGGAGUCAGACUACUGCUGCCAUCCCUGAAUGUAAGUUUCAUCCUCCCGUGUCUCGUGUUUGCAGUACUUCGCAAAUUGAAGGCAGUAGGAGGAGUUCAGAUGAGUCUAAUUCAAGGUGUGAGUGGCCUUUGACUUUAAUGAACACAGAGGACUGUCCAGAGCGUAACUCAAAUCUGGGUUGUUUGCAAAGUGUAACUAAACCUUCAUACCCAAGGCACAGCAAUAUAAGUAGAAAAGACAGGCCACCACCUCCUUAUCCUGGUCCAGCAAAAACAAGUUCUGCAUUGUCCCAGCAACCAACUGGCUCAUCAAUACCACACUCCUUGUGGAGCCUUCAGAAAGAGAAAUAUUCAGAAACCACUGCAGCAGAAGGACGAGCAGCCAAAUCAGUGGACCAGUCCACAUCCAGUCAGGGGAGACAGACCACACAAGACAAAAUAAGUAACAUCUUUUCCACUACAGCCAAUAAUCAGAAAAGCAAAAAUGUGCCCGAGCCAGAGUGGCAUGAUUGGCAAAGAGAGCGAUGGCAAAUUUGGGAGCUUUUAUCAGCUGAUAAUCCUGAUGCCCUCCCUGAAACUCUUGUAUGAUCAGACUCAUAUACAGAACUGCCAAUGAUGAAUAAACCUCUCUAAAAUAGGAAAAGAAGAAUGACAUUGGAAAACCUGAGGGUGUUAUACUAAGUCAAUUUCAUUCUUUUUUAACUUUGUUCACUUUAAUUCUUUAAUAGCACUGUCAAGCAGUCUAUUUACAAAUGCAAUAUGUUUCAGUUUUGUAGGAAGCUUUAAAAGAGAAGAAGAAGAUGAAAAUUUUAGUCUAAUAUCUCUGUAUGCAUAAGCUGUGUGUAAGAUAAAACUAUUGCUUUGGUGUUGCUAAAACAUAUUUAUAUAUCUGCAGUUUCGAUGAUUGUAUAUUCUGUAAUAGGUUAUGUAUGAUAAUCAUAUGGUAUAUGUUCAUAUACAGAUGACAAUCAGAUCGUGACUGUUUUUUUUUAAUCACUGCACUUAAGUUACGCAUUGGAAUUCUAUAAAAAGUGCACAAGCUGGUUUCUGUGCUUAUAAACAACAUGUUAAUGGGGGUAGAAUGUCCUUCUUUUCACUGCCUGUGAAAAACACUAAAAUAGAAUGAAACAUAUGAAAAGCCAUAUAUUUUAUAAGGGUAGUAGUGAGAUAAGGGGAAAAUAGUAACCAGAUAUUUUUCUUAUAAAUAUAAUUUUGCAAACAAAAUUAAAAUUUGAUACAGUAUUAUAACAUAAUAUUUUUUUAGACGCUGUUUGGAAGCAAUUCAGUUAAUCAGCCAAGAGAGAGGCUGUGCCUAAACCAAAUGAAAAGUCUUAGUGCAGAGGUCUGCCAUCCCAUUCUAGAAUAACUAUGAUUUUAUAUAUACAGCAUAUAAUAUAUAUAUUUAUAAAUGUAUGAUGUUAUGUAUUGUUUUAAAACAAUAAACUGGAAAUCCAAAUUUUAAAAAAAGCAUGUAAAAACUCAAAAAGAAUAUGGCUUUUCCUAUUAAAUAACAAGUUUUCAGUAUUAAGAAUAAAUAAAUUGAACAUGCAAGUAUUUACAUGUACAUUAAAAAGGAGAGUAACAUGCAGUAUUCUAGAAUUGAGUAUGACAUUUGGAGACGUUCACAGCUAUUUGUAUAAUUAUUUUGCCAAAGUUUGGGGAACUAUUUCUUCUUCAGUAACUUUACAUUACAUUGUUAAAUGUUGAUGUUACACAAGUUCUGGUUUUUUAAACUGCAAAAAUGUUUAUGACCAGCAGGUGGCAAUGUACUCAGUAUUUUAAGAGUUUUGUUUCACUUGAUAAGGGAAAGUGUUUCAUAUACAAAGAUUUUUAUAAAACAUGCUAGGCUUAAUUUUAAUGAAGUUAAAGACUUAUUCAGUGGUGUUGUCUUUAAGUUCUAUCUUGUGCCAUAAUGAUGGAAUAAAAAGCUAAGAA